AUGGCUGAACAAAGGCAACGGGCUUUAUCCACAUCAGGAGAAGCAUUAUAUCAAAUUCUAGCUCUGGAGAAGGGGGCAACACAUGAAGAAAUUAAGAAAUCUUACAGAAAAUUGGCUCUGAAAUAUCAUCCUGACAAGAAUCCUGACAAUCCAGAGGCUGCUGAAAAAUUUAAAGAGAUCAACAAUGCUCAUGCAAUACUGACUGACCUGUCCAAGAGAAACAUAUACGAUAAGUAUGGAUCAUUAGGGCUAUAUGUGGCGGAACAAUUUGGAGAAGAAAAUGUUAAUGCAUACUUCAUGCUUUCAAGCUGGUGGGCAAAGGGCUUGUCUAUACACAGUGAUUGUGCCACUUUAACUACAUCAGAUGGAGAAACUCCAAUCAUACUUCAGCCGACAAAUGCAAAUGAGAAAACUCAACUAAUUGGAGAUGGCCAUCGCAGCUAUCACACAGACUCAUAA